AUGGCGGAACCAAGCGUGAACGAGAUGCUAGCCGACUUUGCGGUGGACUUUGAGAGCAAGCUGAAGACAAACAACCUCAAGCAAAAGGAAGAUGAGUUAUCACUGGUGAUUGACUAUUCUUCAAAGAUUGAAGCCAGUUACAACGAACGCUUCGAAAAGCAAGUGAUGUGCAAUACCAAAGGUGACCCUGAGGCGGUGGAUUGUGCACGAAGCAUCAAGGCAUUCUGUGAUGCCCAGGCAAAGAAGACCGCCAGCCUUGAACACGCUCGGCAAACUCUUCCCAAAGAAAUCAAGGCGAUCAAGCUCGAACUCGGCAUCCCUGACAAAGAAGAGCCACCGGAACGCAGGACUCACUUUCGUCGUCCUCAAUGGGGCUCUACUGGAUUUCGUAGGUCCGGCCCAGAGCCGACGACCGGCACAGACGAUGAUGACCUCAUAGAAAUGGAAAAGGACAUUGUGUGCAUGGAAGAAUGCGUCAGGGAGUGCAAAAUUGCGUUUUUAGAGCACGGAGAACCAAAUAUAACUUCAUUGGACGCGUUGCUAGAUGAACUGGAAGGCGUGCAGGACGCAUUGAUGGAGAGUAUCUCCUCGGACUAUCCCGAACACUCCGACAAAGGCAAGACGCUUUUCAAGGCCAGCCAGAACGUGUGGCGGCAGGUAUGGGACCUGGCCAAGCUGAUGAACGAGGCAGCGUUCCGCCUUUUGAAAGAAUCGGAGGCUCAGGACCCUUGCAUUGGCCGUACAAGCCUUCGCUGA